GUCUUCAUACAUGGAACCGCGUUCAUUUGCUUCCGUUGUGCAUCUUAAAAUACUCAGAAAUCAGUAUAGGUGUAAUUGAUGUAUGGGCAACAUACCUGAACUUCAGAGAAAAUGAAAGGGCAGAAACGUCAUCUCCACGGCUGUUUCUAACAACAUCCCCAUGUUAUUUGAAUAUAACAAAUCGGGAGCCUCAUUGGAAUCCAUUACAAUCCAAGAACAACUUUAUAUCACGAAUUGAUCAAGAGACUAGUAGAAUACAAGAUUUUGAUUGGAGAAAAAUUGAUUUGGUCUUCUUCCCAGUUUUUACAAGUGGCUAUUACUACCUUGUUGUAUUUUGGAUGAAGAUCAACAAAAUUGAGAUAAUAGAUAGUGUCAAACCACCAAAAGGCAAGGAUCCAUUGGAAAACUAUAGCAUUGAAGUUGGAAUACUGAAAGAUAUGUUUGAGGCAUACUUCAAAGAGAAGAACAUAUCAGGGCUAUCAGAAAAUAUAAAGAAGUCUCCAUACAAAGUUGUUCCUUUAGAUUGGGCCACAAGCACCAAUAAAGAAGACAGUGGUAUAUAUUUGAUGAGACACAUGGAAACUUACUUUGGCAGAAAGGGAAGGGAAUGGAAUAUUGGCUUUUCUCCACGUGGCACAAAGAUUUUACAGAUACUCAGAGGAAGAUAUUGUGAAGCGAUGCUUACAUCAAGGAGCAACAAGAAGUGUAUGGAUAUGGUACGUGUCGCUGACGACUGGAUGACAGCAAACAAGCACAGAUUGCCUGAGUUACAGAAAAAGUUCAAGGAAUGGUUUAGCUGUAGAAGCAAGAAGUAAACAACUGUUUUAUUCUGAUUUUGAACAAAAAGUGGUUUGGAUAUUUGAUCUUAUUAUGUUUUUUAGAUGGAUAUGUUAAACAAUUAUCUCAAACUGAUUUUUAAA